AUGUAUCAACAACUUCUCUUAGCCGCUGCCAUCAUGACAGGUGCAGAGGCAGCUUAUGGCCGCACAUUCAGCGGUUCUGCUGCCUACCCUCAAACUCAGGACGAGUUCAACCCGCUCAAGUACACUGGUACUUUGGGUCCCUAUACUCAGCGUUCUGGUGUGGGCAUCUCCACGGACGCUCCUGCCGGAUGCAAGGUCGAGCAGGUCGUUCUGUUUGCCCGCCACGGUGCGCACUAUCCCACUAGCGACGCUAUUGACCAACAGAAGGACGUUCUGAAGAAGAUCACAAAGGAUGCACCCAAGUCCGGGUUCUCUGGCUCUCUUUCUUUCUUGAACAAUUACGAGUACUUUUUGUCUGAGCCCGGUUACGCUAAUCUUGAGAUCCCUUCGGGCCCUUACUCUGGUCUUGCUGGAUCUUACCAAUUCGGUGCUGAGUUUGCCGGCAAAUACGGCAACCUGUGGGAUUCUGAGACUCUGCCCAUUUUCAGCGACAAUGCCGUCAGCGGCCUUGAGAGUGCUCGCGCUUUCGGCCAAGGUCUGUUGGCUUUUAACUACUCCACCUCUGCUGCUGUUAACACAUACACUCUUGAUGCCUGUUCCAGUGGCAAGUUGACCAAGUGCUCCAUCAAGACUAAUACCACUAACGGUCUUCCUGAGAACAACCUGCGCUACCCUGCUUUUGAGGUCGCUGCUCUGCGUUUGAGCAAGGAGAAUCGCUUGAACCUCACUGCUGAUGAUGUGUUCGACUUGCUCUCGCUUGCCUCUUCUGAAGUUGCGGCCAAGGGCUCUUCUCCCUGGGUCGAUGUUUUCACCACCGAUGAGUGGAUCGCUUUCGAGUAUGCGAUGGACGCUUUCACUGACUGCUACUACGGCUCCCAGUCUCCUCGUGCUCUUGCUCUCGGUGCUGUGUUUGCCAAUGCCACUGCAGAGCUUUUGAAGAAUGGUCCCGAGCAGCUGCCCUUGGCUCUUGUUUUCGGCCAGGGCUCUGAGCUCACCGGCUUGCUUGCUGCUCUUGGUUUGGCUACUCCUUCUGAGCGCUUGGACCCGAAGAAGAUUUCUUUCAGCAACUUCCGUGUCAGCGAUGUCGCUCCUAUGGGUGCUCGUUUCGUUAUUGAGCGUCUGAACUGCCAGGCUCCUGGACUCAGCGAGAACACCGACUUGAUCACCAGCUUGAACUGCACCAGCCCCAUGUAUCUCAACGGCACUCUGAACAACGCAACCUACCCCAAUAACACCAACACCCAGAGCGGUAGCAGCAACAGCACCCAGAGUGGCGACGGCACCUUUGUUCGUUUCAUUCUUAAUGACGCUGUUAUUCCUUGGCAUGAGUGCUAUGACGGCCCCGGCUUCACUUGCGCUCUCGACAACUUCCUUGACAUCGCAAGCGACAAGGUUCAGGGAGCUGCAUUCAAGAAGGUCUGCGGUGCCGACCCUACUGCUUUGUCUAUUUUCAACGACUACAGCUCUGCUACCACCCUCAACACUGAUACCCAGCCUGUUCCUUAUCAGGGCCAGCAGAAUUAA